AUGUACGACGAUCAAGAUCAACAACAACAACAACAACAACAGGAUAAUUAUAAAUUAGAAUCUGUAUUAUCUCCAAUAUUUCCUAAAGCAACUGGUUUAUUAUUUCAUACCGGUAAUACAUUAACAUGUUUCAAAUCGGUAAAAAAAACGAAUAUGAAUGCCACAGAAGAAAUAAUAGAAUAUAUAUCAAUGAUGUUACAUACAUUAAGAAAAAAUAAUGAUUUUAAACAAUUUGAGGAGGAGAAAUACGUUAAAAUUCUUCCAACAAUUACGAGUGAUGAAGGACUAUCAAAUGGCAAUGCAAAUGGUGGUUCAAAUACAACGGAUUAUGAACAACUUACUAGAGAAGAUUUAAAAAUAUCGGUGAAAAUAUUUCUUCGUUCAUUGGAUCCAAAAAUAUUAUCAGAUGCAAUUGAAACAGUAUUACAAGAAAUGAAAGAAAAUUAUUUCGAAAGUUUAUUAUUAUCAUUACCGAAUUAUGGUACAAAAUUAACUAUUGAUGAACUACUGCCACUUUGGAAUGUUGUUGAAAGUUAUAUGGACAAACAAAAAGUUUUAUCAGCAGGUGUAUGCGAUUUUAUGUUACCGCUAUUAUUAGAAUUAUGUACUGCUGCAAAACAUAAACCAUAUGCAAAUCAAAUUAAUUUGGGUGUGUGUUGUACAAUUCCCGAAGAACUAAAUAAAUAUGUUAAAGAAAAUGAUAUUCAACUGUUAACUCAUAGUGAUCCAAUGGAUAUUAUUAAUGACAGUGAUUAUCAAAAUUCAUUAAGAAAAUAUUGUCAUGAAUAUGAUGCUUUAAAUUGGCGGCCAGCAUGGGUGGCAAGAUACAAUUCUGUAAUAGCAAAUCGUGGUAUUAUUAAAACAAAAGGUUAUUUCGUCUAUGCGAAUAGAGAAUUACGAAUGACAUAA